UUAAGCGGAGGAGAAUUUGCUAGAAUCUGUAGAUAUUAACAUGGUUUCUCAAUUUCCGUUAGAUCCCAUGCAUUUAGUUGAUUUAGGGGUUAAUAAGAAAAUUCUUCAGUUGCUUGUUAAGAGAGGGAACGUAACAAAAAUGAAUGAAAAAAUAUUAUAUAUUAACAACUACGUUCCCUCUAAAUUUUCCAGACGCAGUAGAGAUCUGGACGAAAGAAGCAACUGGAAGUCCACAGAAUAUCGCCAAUUUUUGUUAUAUUCGGGUAUAAUUGUGUUGGUGAUGUUUUGAAAGAGCCUUUGGUAUCCUUAUCUGUUUAGGUAUUCUAGUAAGUGAAAUUAAAGAUGAGGACAUUCAAAUUAUUAAAAAAGCAGAUUUAAAAUUUAAGUAUUUUUCUAUUCCAAUAGGGAAUAAAAUUAUUUUAAUUCCUCUAUUGCAUAAUUUGUUUUGUAAUUUUACACAGGUUUUUCUUUCCCCACUCACUCCUCUUCCUCGGAGAACAUUAGUGCACGGCAGCGAGAUGGUAAAUUGGCUUUAUUUUACUUACAUGUUUUUCAUUGUAAUCAUUUUAACUUUCUUUAUAGGAGAAGAAAUGAGCCAAUUUCGUAUCGCCGAGCCCCAUUCGCAGUGUAUGGCCACCCAACUUCAACAUAAUAUAAGUGGCGAUACUACCUUGGUACUGCAGAAAAUCCUUGAAAGCCUUGGUAGAAUAGAACCUCGACAAGAAUACAUGAUAAAUUUGUUAUCACCUGUAGAAACCGCUCUCGUUGAGAAGAUGCCAGAACGUGCUGAGAUCCAAGCACAAGGUCAAUUGUUGAGGGAGUAUAAGGUGCUCUCGACAAAAACCCACUGCAGUGUAAGCCGCAUCACUGGUGUAGGAGCACACCAAGCUUACUCUGACGCUAUCGCGGCCUUUAUCCUAAAUCUAAAAUCCACCAAGGACUCGAUAGAGAAGGUUAUGCAGUCCUUAUUUAGUGACGAGUUGGUGUGGCUAUACAACUACGAUGGAAAAGCGGGGAAAAAGGCCUUAAAUAAAUUAGAAAUAGCGGAUAUCACUCUCGCUGCAUUUGCAAGUAUGCAUGAUAAGAAAAAUUUAGCUGCAAGACAUUUUGUUAGUUUAAGCCAUAAUCGUUAUAAACAUAUUAAUGGUAAUAUAAGGAAUUAGAUCUUUUUAAAUUUAAUUUUAAGUUUUUUAUUAUUAUUGAUAAUUCGGGUGGUGGAGCACGGUGCUCGCUCGUUCCGUUGAUGUGGUUGGCCGUGGGGAAACGGUCGGCGUAAAUGAUUCCACAAAUAUUGAAUAAAAAACCAAAAAGUUUCAUAUAAUAAAUGUGUUUAAUUAUAAAAAUUUGAAACCACACUUACCACGUCUGUAUAGCAGGGGUGUCGCAAAAGAAGAGAGCGCGCAACUUUUCCUUAGAAUUUAUUUGCGCGCGAAUUAAACUCCGAUAAAAACUUCGAAAAAGAAGAAAAGAAAAGAUUGCUCUGUCGAUACAGACGUGGCAAAAGAAAUUGGG